AUGCCACCAAAGAAAAAGCAAGCCACUGGAGGCGCACAGGGUGCGAAGAAAGCUUCUGGCUCCUCUGCUGGACCGUCGAAGAAGGCAGCAGCUGCAGGCGGAAGCCGCGCGGCGAAUGAUAGCAGUGAAGCUGGCCCAUCGAAGCUCAAGGCUGCAAACGCAGUCAAUGUUCGACAUAUUCUGUGCGAGAAGCACUCAAGAGCCACGGAAGCACUAGAAAAACUACAAGCGGGCGAACGGUUCGACAAGGUAGCACAAGAAUACUCUGAAGACAAGGCAAAAGCUGGAGGCUCCCUGGGAUGGCAAGCACGCGGUUCAAUGGUCGGCCCCUUCCAGGAAGUCGCCUUUGCUCUGGAGCCCUCGACGGUUGAUAGGCCCAAGAUCUCUGGACUGGUGAAGACGAACUUUGGCUACCAUAUCAUUAUGGUGGAGGGACGCAGAUAG